UUCAGUCUAUAUGAGUGCGCUAUCUUCCGCUUAAACUUAACUCCCGAGCAGUUGAAAGUGUUCCAGCCUUCCCACGAGUUUUAUAUGUUCCGCUACUUCUAUCGGAGUAGUGUCAAAGAGUUAAUGGCAUUUACAGCCAAACUGGUCUGCAAGAGAACUAAUUACUGUCAACGAGGUUUAGCGAAAGAGCAAGAAUACAUUUUUCAUGUGCACGUCUGUCAGGAUGAUCUCUAUUUUAUCGCGCAAUAUCCACCGGCUACUUGGACAUGUAUGCAAGAAGAAUCUGCAACUUGCAAAGAUAAUGACAAAUAUCUUCAACUGUACCAGAACCCAGCCGAGGCGGAUGUGAUAAUGCGUUUGAACAUCGAAUUGGACGAAACCAAAGUGAUUUUGCACAACAUCCUGAAAACACUUUUGUCCAGCGAUGAGGAACUCGAUGAUUUAUUGUCCAGUGUUAUUUGGACUCCCCCUUUGGGUUGUCGAAAACUACCGGCCAAAUUUACCGAAUGUAACUACUUUGUAUAA